AUGGCGACCUUGGAUAAUCGCGCGGCAUGUGAGAAUUGGCGUGCCAAAGACCGUCUUUGCUCGUCCCUGCUCGCAUUGUUUCCGGCCGCGUUAGUCGGCCAGGUGGUUCGUGUCACACUGUUAGAUGACAGCCAAGUCACAGGGCGGCUAGAAUCAUGCGAUGGUAUGCUAAAUCUCGUCCUAACCGGAGGCGUUCUGGUCACACCGGCCAACACAUCGAAGGAUCGAAUCGAACCGAUCACACUGGAGGAGAUCACCAUAUUUGGAAAACGUGCCCGAUAC